AUGUCAAAACGAAUAAAAGUUUCUACAUAUUUAGAAAAUGCAACCAGCAUACCUCUGGAAUGUUCAGAUGUAGAAAGUGAAUUAUAUGAUAGCGACAGUGAAUUUUUAGACAGACAAAUUGAUCCACAAAGCAGUGAUGAUAACAGUGCUAUUGUCGAGAGUAGUGAUGAGGAAAUUUCUGAUGAAAACAAUAUAAAUCAGUCAAGUGACGGUGACUGCGAAAAUAUUCCAAACAAGCGAAGGAGACGAUACAUGCGAUUCCCUUCCAGUUCUGAAGACGAAGGUGGAAGCACCGUACCAAAUCAGCAAACUGAAAUUGCUUCAGACGGAACUAUUUGGACGAGAAUUGAAGAAGGAGGUGUUGCCGGUAGACUACCAGUUCAUAGUGCUUUCAAAGAUGUACACGGGCCAACAGCACAUGCUAUAAGAAACAUUAUGAACGGGAGUCUAAGUAGUGCGUUCCUAUUACUGAUUGACAACCAUAUUUUGGAACAUAUACGAAUUUGUACAGAGUUAGAAGGCUCUCGAGUUUUGGGGAAAAAAUGGACAAUUACGCAAGGAAAAUUGAAGGCAUUUCUUGCAAUACUGUACGCACGUGGGGCGUACGAAGUAAAUACUUUGAGGCUUCAAUAUUUGUGGAACAACAAGUGGGGACCAUCAUUUUUCUCCAGCACUAUGAGUAGACGGGAUUUUACUGAGAUUCUGCGAUACAUUCGUUUCGACAAAAGAAAUCAGAGGAGUCAAAGGUUGCAAACAGACAAAUUCGCUUUAGUCUCAGCAGUUUGGGAUAAAUUUAUUGAAAACAGUCAAAAUUGCUUCAAACCGGGAGCUUAUAUUACUGUGGAUGAGCAACUUUUUCCAUCGAAGGCCAGAUGCAGGUUUACUCAGUAUAUGCCAAACAAACCUCAUAAAUUUGGGAUAAAAUUUUGGUUGGCAUCUGAUGUAGAGACGAAAUAUGUGGUAAAUGGCUUUCCGUAUUUAGGAAAAGACGAGACUCGAAAUGCAUCAACCCCCCUAAGCGAAUUUGUCGUUAUGAAACUUCUUGAACCGUAUACCAUGAAGGGUAGAACUGUAACAACUGAUAAUUUUUUUACAAGUAUUCCUUUGGCGUUAAAAUUAAGAUCUAAAAAUACUUCGUUGCUUGGAACAAUACGCGCAAACAAGAGGGAACUGCCGAAAACUUGCAAACUGAAAAAAGACAGCAUGGCACGUUUCUCAACGUUGUUGUAUCAAUCCAAUGGAUGCACACUUACUGCUUAUAAGAGCAAACCAAAUAAAAAAGUACUUAUACUAAGUACGAAACAUAAACACAUCAAAAUUGAUAAAGCAGCUAAGAAAUUACCUGAAACUGUAUCGUUUUAUAAUAAAACUAAAUUUGGCGUCGAUGUCACUGAUCAAAUGGCAAGAAAGUAUACAGUGAAAUCAGGUUCCAGAAGGUGGCCACUUCAAGUGUUUUUUAAUAUUUUAGAUUUAGCCGGAAUCAAUAGCUGGAUAUUGUACAAAAACACAACAGGAGAAAAUAUCUCACGGAAAGACUUUCUGUUUCGAUUAGCAGAAGAACUUGCUGCAGAAUAUCAGACUUCAAGGCAAAAACCACACGAAGCUGAUAUGCCAACUACAAAAGGCACGGUUUCUGUACGCAAAUGGUGUCAAAUAGGAUACUGCAAUAACAACAAGACUACAAAUAUUUGCAAUAAAUGCAGAAAAAGUCUAUGCGGAAAGUGUACACACAGCAAAAUCUACAUAUGUAGAAAUUGUGAGCAACAAACUGUAAACAAUUAA